AUAAACUUAUUAAAUAGAUUGUUGAAUGUCAAAGUUAUGCCGGACUCUGAGCAAAAAGGAACAAAAAAUCAGAAAUCACCUCCGAAGCCAAUUCCUGCGAGUAAGAUGAAGGUUCCAGCAGAUAUUAUAGACAAGUCCCUUGGCUCACUUAAUCAGCAGAACGAUUUUAUUACUCUGUACAAAUUAACUAAACUGAAGCGUUGCUAUGACCUAAUGCCUACAAGCUCAAAGUUGGUAAUAUUUGACACACAACUUCACGUGAAGAAGGCGUUUCACGCUCUUGUGUAUAACAACGUACGAGCAGCACCUCUUUGGGACAAUGAGAAGCAAAAGUUCGUGGGCAUGCUGACUAUUACAGAUUUUAUCCGAAUAUUGAUUUGCUACUAUAAAUCAGAAAUGAGACAACUAGAAGAGCAGCGAAUUGAAACAUGGAGGGAAGUGCUGGCGUAUAGAGAUGACUUCACCUAUAUAUCGCCAGAUGCUUCCUUGUACGAUGCAGUUAAGAUGUUAAUUGACAACAGAAUACACAGGCUGCCCCUGGUCCAUCCGUACACUGGAGACGUGCUCUGCAUUCUCACUCACAAACGUCUUCUCAAGUACCUCUAUCUAUCUGACGCUACCAGACCUCAGUACAUGAACAAGUCCAUUGCGGAGUUGCGCAUUGGCACAUUAUCAAAUAUCGUCACCGUACACCCGGAUACUUCUGUAAUCACAGCGCUCAAACUCUUCAUUCAGCACAAAGUGUCAGCUUUUCCAGUGGUCAACCGCGAUUCAGGACGCUGCGUAGAUAUUUAUUCCAAGUUUGACGUGAUUCACCUUGCCGCAGACAGAUCGUACGAUAAUUUGGACGACUCAAUAAUGAAGGCGUUAGAGAGAAGGAAAAUGAAUCAAAGUUCUCAGGGCGAAGAGCAGCAAAGCACUGAUGAGAGUGCAAUGGAAACGGACAAUGCUGAUGCUACGGCUGGAUGUUCAGUUUACCAUUGCAAAUUGACUAAUUCAUUGAAUGAAGUUGUUGAUUUGAUAGCGAAAGCAGAGGUACAUAGAUUAGUUAUUUUGGAUGAGGGUUACAAGGUCGUGGGCUUGAUUUCAUUGUCAGACAUCUUGAGCUAUCUCAUUCUGCAGCACCCCGAUACGAUUUUGGGAGGCCCGGGGGGACUUCGGAUGGGUGGAUCGCGUUGCAAUUCCCUACCAGGCAGCUCUUCCUCAGUGGAAAGCGUAGAGAUGGUUCAUAGGCUGUAGUUUCACAUGAUAUCACUGCAUAAACUGACUAUCAUCAUGCCCAUCUGACCAAACUAACAGACUGAGAAUUGUAGUAGUUACACAGAAUUGAAUUACGCAUAUUCAAAUUUUUAAACAGGUUAAUUUUGUAUAAUUAUUAUGUUAAUCAGUUAAAACUUGGACUUGAAAUCCGUAUCCAAGAUUUAUGAAUCUUUUCAAUUAACUACAUACAUGUGCGGAUUUCUUGUCAAUGGAAUAAUUAAAUCUAUCUUCUCGUUUUCCUGUAUCGAAAAUACGUUUUGUAAAAUGCAAAGUGCCUAACAAACGGAUUAACUUAAAAUUUAACUGCUUUAUCAGUUUAAAGUGUUAAUGAAUGAAGUAAGUUUUCAUCUGCAUUUCUUAAGGCGGUUAUUUGAAAGUUAUCAGUGGAAUCCCCAAAUACCUAAUUUCAUUUUUUUUUUCAAAUAAUUAGCCUAAUUCUCUUUUGACAUUAAUUAUCGCUGUAAAAAUAACGAUGAAUUUCAUGAUUACUUUUCCAACCUUCUAGUUGUAUUCUUUCCUGACAUGAGAAGAUGACCCGAGUAAAAAAAAGUCAGUAUAGCUGGAAUUUAGCUUUACAGUAUUUGCCUCAAAUUUAAAUAGCUCUAUUGAUAUCUUGCUGAACUCUGAUGGUGCGCGGCUAGCAAAAUCAAUUAACAAUUUAUGAAUCUAAUCAAGUAAAAC